UUGCCAUCGAUUCCCCUUCCGGAUAAAUUCAGCUCAAAAUGUCGGAGGCUGUGUCGGGACUCGAAAACCUUACCGGCGGCUCGGGGCCGUAAGCCUCCGCUACGCAAGCUGAACGCUCGGCGCAAUUUCUGUCUCUGUCACUGCGCUUGAAGCUGUAGGGUUUUUGGUGCGGCUUCACUAAUCCUAAAACCUCUCUGUCUCUCUCUCUCUCUUCAAGGUAAAUGAAGCUCUAGCUCUCUAGCGUUCUUGCGCUCUUUUGGUUCCGCGCUUCAAUUUUGAAAUCUACAAAGCCAGUGUGCUUACCGAAGUCAUGCAUGCUAUCAAUGGUGGUUGGGUCGGGCAGACAUUUGCCUUGGCAAAGCGUAAUGAGUCUGAGAAUAGUGGAAGAAAGGCUCGAAUCCGUCGAUCGAAAGAGGAGAGAAAAUCAAUGGUGGAAGCAUUCGUAAAAAAAUACCAGAAAUUAAAUGAUGGGAAUUUCCCCUCACUGAAUCUUACACACAAGGAAGUUGGUGGAUCAUUCUACACUGUAAGAGAGAUUGUCCGCGAGAUAAUCCAAGAAAAUAGAGUUCUUGGACCUGCUAAGUUUGUUCAGGAUGGGCAGAGCAUUGAUCUGUUCUUGGAGCAAAAUCCACUUGGUACAAUAGCCACCGAACCUCAAGUUUCUAUUUCCCUACCUUCAAAAGAAUCGGAUCAACAAUCUAACAGCAAGGUGCUUGGACUUUUAUCUGUUGGAAACUCUAAAGGACGUGAAGAACUUAAGGUUGAGGACAGGGAAAUUGUCAAUGGAAGUCAAGUAGAUAUCACUUUAAAAGAGUUCGAUGGAUUAGCAUCAACGGAAUUGCAAGAAAAUGAAGUCAUAGAAGCUGGGAAGAAUCUUAAUGCAUUUGCUGAAUCAACAUCUCAACCAAUUAAUUUGACAAGUGUAGAAGUAGAGACUUUUCCACUGAGAUCUGUUAGUAAGCUAAAUGAUUGUGUAGAUCGAAGUGUUGGUGAAGGUAGGAAUGAAGCUUCACAGGAACAAAAUCUAGAGGCACAUCUGGAAUCAGGAAGUGACAGUGCUGUGUUAUAUGAGAUGAAUCUGCGAGAAAAAACUUAUUCAAUGGAGGAGAACACAGCGGAAGCAUUAGCUUCAGCUUCACCUUCAUCUGUUCCAUCACUGGGACAGAUACCUCAUUUAGUUGAUGUGGAAGUUAUGGAAGACUUUGCUGAUCCUUUGUUAAAGAACUCUAAUGGCUCAUUUCCCAAGGAGAACUUGUCUCAUGAUGCUGAUGGCAGCAUGGAUGCUAAUGAUGCAUCAGUUAGUGUUGAAGGCUUGAGUUCAACAGCUGCCAAAUACAAACAAGACAGGAAUGAUGCUGGAGUUGAUGCUAGAAAUGCUCCCACCGGUGUUGAUUCUGAAAGCAUAAAUAGCAGUUCCACUAGAACUGACAGUGAGGUGUCAGCGCAAGAGCUGAAGCUAAAAGCUGAACCUAAUGGCAGCAUCCACAAAGGAAUCAAUCCCCCUUUAGACAGGAUUAAUCUUGAAUCAUGGGAAUUGGCGUCCAAGAAUCCUUCCAAGCAGGCAAUGAAUCCUUUAUUUGCUGUUAUAAAAGCAAUUAUUGCGUCAUUUUUGAAGUUUUGGACUGAGUGAGUUUGUGGUUUUCACAGAGCCUAGAAAAUUCUGUUCUACAUUCCGCGUGGAAAAUGUAUGGUUGUUCCUGGCUGUUAUAUUGUUCUCUCUUUGGGAUGUCUCGCUUGUAAAUUUUGACGGGCCGUGUAUUUCUCUGGUAAGCUGGAUGAUGCCCAUGAAGUAGUUUUGAUGUGCAGAAUCAGAACUAGAUGACUGUCUACAUUCUAGUA